UUCCUCCACCAGAAGAGGGAUGCUGGGGGUUAGCAUAGCAACUUGUUCUCAUGUCUGAGGGGAAAAAGAAAGUGUGUCUGCGUGUACUGUGAGAGGCUGAGGCGAGGCAGUGAGAGGAAGAGGAGGAUUGUGAGGGGGGAAAACGCAGAGUGAUGGCGCUAGACCGAGGACGAAGCGUGCUACCGUAGCCGAUCAGCAGGCAGCGGGUGGGCUUUUGCCGGUGAAUACCACCUAGGAUAUUGGGAAUGGUAUAGUACGGUUCCACGCUCGGGGAUCGCAGCCAACAAAAGAGAAUCGCACACCGCUCAAGUUCCAUGAUAUGUUUGACACAGCUAAUAACUCCCCUCGGAGCACCCCAGCAAGCUCACCCGCUGUACGCAGGCGUCUGCUGCUCCCCUCCAAAACUCCAGACGGGGACAUCAUGGUAGAAAAGGGUUCUGAAAGUUCUACAGAAAAAACCCCCACGCAGUCUCUACAGAAUUCCCUGCCUGGCUACCCUUUACCUUGCAGAAAUGUCAUCAAGAAUCCCAAGAAAAUGCAGAGCUGGUACAAUGUCCUUAGCCCGACCUACAAACAAAGAAAUGAGGACUUCAGGAAGAUAUUUAAGAAGCUUCCAGAAACUGAAAGACUUAUAGUUGAUUACUCCUGUGCACUUCAAAAAGACAUCUUGCUUCAGGGCCGCCUCUACCUUUCCGAGAACUGGCUCUGUUUCUACAGCAACAUCUUCAGAUGGGAAACUACAAUUAGCAUUCAGCUGAAAGACAUUACAUGUAUAACAAAGGAAAAAACAGCAAAGCUAAUCCCCAAUGCACUCCAGAUCUCCACAGAGAAUGAAAAGCACUUUUUUACUUCACUCGCAGCGAGAGACAGGAGCUAUCAGAUGAUUUUUCGCCUAUGGCAAAAUGCACUUUUGAAUAAGACAUUGUCUUCGAAAGAGCUGUGGCAUAUUGUGCAUCAGUGUUAUGGUACAGAAUUAGGCCUCACGAGCGAUGACGAAGACUAUGUCUCUCCAAAUGAUGAAGUUAAUGGGCUAGGAAAUGGUGAAGACUCAAAUGUAGAUCAGCUAGAUGUGAGUGACCAUUCCUGCAACAGCAGUUUGCACAUUAAGCUUGAGGCCAGUCCGCAGGCGGACCGCAAAAACUUGAGUAUGUCUCAGAAUUCUGUGGACAGCAAUGAUAGUAUCCCACUGUUUGUGAAUGAAUCAGAUGGCCUGACUGAGGGUCAGAUGGAUGUCUCUUCCAGUCGGACAGUGACCCCGGUAAUGGAAGAAAGAAAAGUAGUGGUGUCAGAAAAAACAUCCUCGGUGGAUGUGCCGAAUGAUGAUGAUAUUCCGACUGAUCUAAGUGACUCCUCCAUCAGUCAGGAUGAAGCUGAAGUUCAGUCAUUCUGCACAGACCUAAAUGGAAAGCUAGUGAUCAAUACGGUCUACCAGAUUAAUGUGGACAAGCUUUAUCAAAUUUUAUUUACCCCUUCUCAGUUCAUGCAAGACUUCUUUGACCAACGCAAGUUUACAGACCUCAUAAUGAAGCCAUGGGGUAAAGACAACACUGGGAACCAGACACGCUCGACUUCUUAUACCAUUGCAGUGAACAACCCCCUUGGACCAAAGACAGCGCCAGUCACAGAGACACAGGUAUGGGUUUCGUCUGAAAUCCGUUACAGGAAGCAACCUUGGAAUCUGGUGAAGACACUGAUUGAAAAGAACACGUGGAAUGGAAUAGAAGAUUACUUCCAUCACUUAGAGUCUGAGUUAUUGAAAGCUGAGAAGCUAAUGAUAACACAAGGCUGUAUCAAAGAAAAUGGUCUGCCUAGUCUUCGAAGGAGGAAAUGCACACUGAACCGGAAGUCACAUCAUGAGACACAUGGUCCUGUUGGCACCUUAGCAGAUCAAGAGCUCUCCAGCAGGGCUGCCAUUACCUCAGGCAUUUUGCACUCCAGGCAGAGAAACCGCUCUCAGGAGAUGGGUCGGAGCCAUAAUAUCUCCCUGUUUCUCCUUAUUAUCAGCUUCAUGAUCUGUGUGAGCUUGGUGGUACUGGUGAUUCUGAACAUGAUGCUGUUUUACAGGAUGUGGUCUCUGGAGCACACGGCUCAGACUCUCGAGUCCUGGCAAGCAUAUGCACUUUCAGAAGGUAAAUUUCCCAAGACAGCAGUGGAGUGGGCCAAAAUCCUUGAGUUACAGAAGCGUUUCCACAAUGCAGAAGUACAGAAAUGGAAACAGAUCCUGAAGGCAUCCGUGGGACUACUAGAUGAGAUGAAGUUUUCUUUAGAAAAGUUGCACAGUGGAAUUACAGCUGCAGAGCCAGUGUUUGAUACCGACAAGAGUAAAGAAGAAUUUUCAUGAUUGGCAGCUCUCUCAUAGACUUUGGAGCAACGUGCAAUAAUUUUAUUUUAUUUUUUUUUUAUGAGUGCAAGUUGGAACAUGAUGCAAAGAUGCACCAGGGCAGACCUAAACUUAUUUUAUGCCUUGAUCUGAUGAAGGAAGAAAUAAACCAUCAUUUGGAAUCUCUUACCUUUUCAGUUUAAUGCAAGGAUCUGCAAUUUCCAUCGACUAGUCAUGUCUGCUGCCACAGACAAGGCACUGAGGGAAGAAGGAAUGUUCCUGUAAAUUUUCUAAAAUUGGUAUUUGCUACCAGCAUAGCUUGUUCUCAUACUCUGACCAGAAUUUUUCCUUCGGGUUGAAUUAAUAGUCUGUUAACAAUCAUUUCACAUCAGGGAAACAUUUCCUGAAGAAAAUGUAGCUGUGGAAUUGCACAGAUCUCCACAGUUAUAGACUCUGUCUGAAAUACUGUUCUUUCUGUUUCAAAGGAUUUUGUGUAAGGGACAAGAUUUUCUAGAACACAGACUUCGUGAGCCAGUAUUACCACAACAUUCAUCUAAAGGAUGACAUGUUUUUUCCAUAUUUUCUCCAAGUUAAAAAAAAAAACUAUAGUAGACUUUAGUAUUAUUUGAUUUUUAUGACAUUUUCACAGACUCUAGAUUGUUUGUGCUUUUAUUUUAUUUGCAAAUGGAAGCAAGAAAGACUGUCCAUUGGCUGUUGUUCUAGCCACAUUUGUUUAAGUUGUUUCCUUGAAUGUACCCAGGAAACAUAAAGGUGAGAGACAUUGUUGUAGAACCAUUGCAUAGCUUCACUUUGCUCCUAAAAGUGCACUGGAUGCCAGAAGGUGCAGUUAAUUCUUUCAGAUAAUGUCAAGAAAUAUUUAAUUACUGUGUAUCUUAGAUUUUGUAUUAACUUGUUUAUUUAAAUCCGUUGUUUGUUCCCAUGGUCGUCUGUUCCCAUCUCAGUCUCCUUGUUUUUAAACAGACUGUUUGUGCUAGUCACUGACCUCUUGCUGAAGUCAAAGUACUGUUUAUGGCAUCAAAGCCAUUGGCAUGGCCGUAAUCCCCAUAUUAGGAGCGGUCUGUGUAAGGUAAAGCACAUGCUAAAGUUCUGUGUUUGUGCUGCUUUGUUAUGUAAUCAUAGGGAAGGGCCAUUAUGUAAGAGGUAUGUACAGCAAGUGGGCUUCUUUCUACAAUUCAUCUGGAGGGGGAUAUGCAAUAGAUUUCAUGUUUCUGACAAAAUUCCUUUUCUUUUAAAGCCGAAGAGGAAGUUUUGUCUAAUUUAUUGUUAUCCUUUUGGCCAGUAACACAUUUGGAUAAGACUUUUGAUGCCUGCUCUAAGUACCCAGUUCCUGCAUCUACCGGAAUCUGGUGCUACAUCCAUGUAAGCUGUAUUUUAUGUAGAUCAUAGUGUUGCAGAUACUUAAAAUGUUUGGUUUUAUGCUGCGUUUCUGAACUUUCGGACUAGAGUAUGUCUAAAUUACUUGCAGGGUGAAGGUAGUACAUUUACCACUGGUACUCAUCUCUCUGCAUUACUUUAGGUGUGUUAUAUAUACAUUGUUCUGGUCUGUCAUGUGAAUUUUCAAACUGUUUUAUUUUUAUCCCUUAGCCUUCUAGGACCCUUACAUAUACUUGUCAGUGAAGUGCCUAGAUGAAUGGGACCUGGCAGUUGUAGAGAUGUGGGUGUUCACCAGUUGUAGUGCCUGGAAGUAGAAUUUCAACAACUGGACACUUCUAGAAGCUGUCCAUUGCUUUUUACUUGAGAGUUUUAAUUUUAGAAUAAUGAAAACCUGCAAUGCUUUUUAUUUCAUUCAUAUUUAUAUAGCUCUGUUACUGGCUGUGUGGGGUGGGACUGUCUCUCAGGAAAUAGGUAUUGGUGCUUCCAGCUUGUCUCAUGAAGAAUAGUCAGCUAGCAUUUAUUUCAGGCUGUUGGUUGUCUGGUUGUCCGAUUAGGUGUACUGCUGACAUGCUAAUUAACAUCAACAUAAAAAACUUUAACUACAGCAUUGGCAUGUUGCCAGAUGCAAAGUUUUUUUUUUUCUUUUUGCAGCUGUGAUCUUGUUCGAUAAACCAAACAUGUUUCUUGGCGGCCUACUCUUUUAAAGGUUUCUUGGAUACAGUCGCAAUAUGCUAACUUAUUUCUCACCAACUGCAUUUACCAGUGGCAGUUUGCAGGAAUAUAGUACUUCACCAGUGAUGACUCCUCACUUCAUAAUUUUUAAGACUUGGCGUUUAUAGUAUGUAAUGUGGGUGUAGUUGGAGAAGUACCCUCUCCACACACAGUACCCUUAUAUUAUAGAUUAUUAAAAGUGAUAACGUAACAUUUUAACUUGACAUUAUGCCUUGGAAUCACUAGUUCCUGCUCUCCUGUAGGAUUUGUGUAACAACAUCGGUUGGCACUUAUCACUCUCACUGGCAAAAUGACCAUUCAUUUCCUCCUUCCUUAUAUUCUUUUUUUUUGUUUCUGUUUUCCAAAUAACCAAACUUUUCCAUUCAUUUGGAUCUUCCCUACUGUAUAUAUUCAUCAGUUCUUUCUGCAUCUUGCUCCAGAAGUGCCAUACUUGCAUUUAGUCUCCAAACACAUGUGUGUUACCUGCCCCUCCCUUUACACCUACAUCAGCGACCAUUCAUCACUUUGUAUACUUUGCCUAGAAUGGGACUGCCAGCAUUGUGUGCACAUUAUAUAGAGUGGGAUUGCAAACCACCUUUGUGGCAAAGCUGAGUCUUUUUCAGUGAUUGUACCAUUGUACUGUAUUCUGUUACCACAAAAAGGAAAUCAUGCAGAGUGCAGUAGAAGGUCAUAUUGCAAGGAGUGCUGCAACUUUCAUGAUUUAUUUGUCUGCUAAUUUUGUUAAACAUGCUUAGCAGAACAAAGGUUAUUUUUGUAGACAAGAGGCUGAGCUGGUGCCGUACAUGUUGUUUAUAGUAAAACUUGGUCCGCACGUGAACAAAGAGUGAUGCUGCUAGGGCACAGCCUCAAAUGUUGACCAUUGCCUAGUGCACAGGGAAUAUUACCUUUAAGAACGCAUGCUUGUUCAAAUCUGGGAAUUAUAUCACUCAUGACUUCACAGCGUAACAUGUUUAUGGCUCUUCUCAAUUUCUAUAUUCUCAAUUUUAAAUCCUGCUGUAGGGAGUCUUGUUUACUACAUUCAUUUUGAUGGACUUUCCUGCCAUGGACAAAUCACCUUUUGAAUUAGUUUUGUGUGUUUUAUCCCACUUAUUGAAGGUGCAAUCACCCAACCCGCUACAAGGCUUCCCAGGUGGAUUUGAUUCACUUUGGCAUUUUGUUUGGCAUACCCAUCAGGAUAUUUCUUGGAUACAGCAGGGUUCACUCUUUUAUGUACUUUGUGGUUUUGAAAAUAAAUGCUGUGCCUAGGUGUGCAUGUCCCGAAGGAGGUGGUGGUGUUGUCAUUUUCACAAGGUUGUCAUUAAAGUCUGCUGUCAGAGUUUAUUCAUUCCACUUAACAGUUCCUUUACGUUUUAUUGUGCUAUCCCUUGAAGGGACAUUAAACUGGGGACCCAUCUGCUUGAGCGUCCUGUCCAAAUUUCUACUAGUUAGUAUGAAUACCACCUCAGCUCUGUCCUGAAAAGAGGCCAUUAGCCUAGUGGGACUAACCUUGAUCAACAAAGUAUAUAGAAGUAAUAAAAGCUGUUGACUA